GGGACUGGCAACGGAACUUUGCUCGGCCUCAGUCUGGACAAGAUACUGUUCCAAAAUAUUAUCCAGACCUUUGAGUUCCCUGACAAGGUUGAAAAGACGAUCAAGUCUAUCCAUGGAGUUUUUGCUCGAUUUAUUGAGCAUCGUGACAAUAAAAAGUCUUUGCUCAUUUUGUUUUCUUCACCGAAGACACCUGUGCGGGAGAUCUUUUGCGCCAUCCGAAUCUGCUUGGUCUCAUCCAGGACAACUUGUCUCUUGUUCGAUGCCACCCCCGACGACCUCAACCGCAUCAUCAAGGCAGUGGAUGGCUCAGGAUCGGCGUCCAGACUCGUGAAGCAAAAUCCACUCGCUCUAAUCGUGACUAUUUUGAAUGAAUGUGGCUUCACCUCGGAAUUGAAGCGGGAAGAGUUAGACAAGGAUGUUCUCGGUGCUGAGGUACAGACCCGCGCAUCUUCAUGGGAAGAUCCAGGCAAGACGUUGGUCAGGUGGCCGCAUGAUUUCUACAGCGUGAUGAGUAUUCUGCAUCUAUGCCAGAACAACCUUAUG